AAAAUGGAGAUGCAACAUAGAAGCAACAUGAUAUAGUGAGGGAAGGAGGGGGAGAGUUUUUUGAUGUGUGUAAGUGAUCCAACCAUAGUAGCAUAGAUACUGCAGGGUAAGGUUACAGAUCCACCCACAGGAUCUGCACGUUUUGCGGUCGGGAUGAGAUGGGUACGUGGGCGUAUGUUUGAUAAAGGUUGAUCUCCUUCAGUCACUGUGUAGUUUUUGGAAAGAAAGAAAUACUAUAGCUAGUGUACUAUUUGUUUAAAGGCCAACUAAUGGAGGAUCUGCAGCCAGAAGAUGACUCUAAUCUGAAAGGGAAUUUAGUAACCCGCCGCAUCAUUACCAGAGCUACAACCUGCCCUACCAGAGUUACAACCUGCCCCGCCAUUCUGGACUCGGAAGAUGAGAGCUAUUGUAGCGAGGAGGAACAUGAUGAUAGUCGCAAAAUGGAGGACGAGAUGCUCAUGAGCAUGAAAAUGGGAAUAGAAAGAGAGCUGGCAGAGGACGAGGACCGGCACCACAGGAGGAUCAGUCUUCAUCACAGCCACUCUCCCUCCUCCUCUUCCUCCACCUUUGUACCACAGGUGACUAUUUAUAAACAGGGACAUCUAUUAAGACAAACAAAAACUUUAGGAAGGUUGGUGAAGCGUUAUUGCUCAGUUGAGAAUCACAAGAUGUUUAUGACAAAGAAGAAAGAAGACAAACUAAGAGAGGAAGUGUUACUAAAGGAUGCUACGCUAGUUGAGAACAGCACACAGAAUGUUAACAACAGUUUCACUAUAAUGACGCCACAUCAGAAUGUUAUAUUAGUAGCCAACAGUCGUAAAGAAAUGGAGGAAUGGCUCACUGCAAUCAAGCAAUCGGUUCAAAGGGCAAACAAUGCAGAGAUACUUGAUAGUUUUCAUCAUCUCGAUGGUCAGCACAGCUGGUUCUCCUGCUCUCACCCUCGCCCUGUCUAUUGUAAUGUUUGUGGUGAGGCUCUCGGUCGCGUUACAUUCAAAGGUCUCUCGUGUGAAGUGUGCAAGUUCAAGUGUCACAGACAUUGUGUCUUUUCUGUCAAUCAAAAGUGCAAGUGGGCAACUAGGACUAAUCUUGAGUCUGACGGUGUGAAAGUAUCUCAAGAUCUUUCUUUCCCUCAUCAAUGGAUGGAGGGUAACCUUCCCUCUGGCUCUAAGUGUUCGGUGUGCAAGAGGGCCUGUGGAAGUUUGAUAAGAUUACAGGAUUUCCGUUGUCUUUGGUGUAAAGGAACUGUGCAUGCUGAUUGCAAAGACUCCGUUACAACUCCCUGUACACUCGGCUCGCUGAAUCUCUCCACUCUCCCUCCAUCAGCCAUACAACAGUCCAAUGACAUUGUAAAAGGAAUGUGGGAGCCUUUGAAACUCCCAUCACAUGAUCCGGUUUUGGCUUUUGUCAAUUCUAAGAGCGGCGACAAUAAGGGUGUUAGAUUCUUGAGGCGACUCAAGUAUUGGUUGAAUCCAUUGCAAGUUUUUGAUUUGGCUAUAUCAGGACCAGAAUCAGGUCUCCUAUUAUUUCAAAGAUUCAAUAAGUUUCGUGUUCUUGUUUUCGGCGGUGACGGUAGCAUUGGCUGGGUGCUAUCAACCAUUGACAAACUGCACUUGCACUCAAAAUGUAUGGUAGGUGUGGUUCCAUUGGGGACAGGUAACGAUUUAGCGAGAGUGUUAGGUUGGGGUGGACAAUGUUCAGAUGAAGAGAAGAUACCGACGCUAUUGAAUGAAAUGGAGUGUUCAUCUUACAGGCUAUUAGACCGAUGGAGUGUUUGGUUCACUACUGAUACUAGUGUUGAUGCUCAUGAUUUGGUUAAGAAUUUCCAGAGAAGCAGAUCAGUCGGCAGUGUUGAUAGUAAAUCUCAAAUAUUAGUAUCUCCUGACGACCCCUCAAGGUCUUUCUCCUCUCCGUCUCAUCCCGCUUGCUCACCUAGCACUCCGCCUACACUUGACCACACCCAUUUGAAUACCCUCACCGUUCCAUUAGAUACGAUAUCAACAGUCUCGUCUGGUUCCUCUCAGUAUCACAGCGCUCACUCAAGAACCUCGUCCAUUGGCACUGCUCCAGCAGACGAACCCAGUGACGAUGGUGGAGAGAGUAAGGAGGAAAAGGUUGAGGAAGAAGGAGAGACUCUUCAUAUAGUACCUGAUGAUACGGCUUUGACUCGUAAAUCUCGUAGUCCUCCAAAAACCCUUGCACUGUCUAGUUCGCCUAAAAUUCGUCUAAAGGAUACGUGUAGUACGUUGCAGUCGUCUGUGAUGUCGCACAUAUCGACAGUGUUGCUCUCAGAGAAUGAGACUGAUGUUAUUAGUUCUGCUCAGGUUUUGUGUGAGUUGGUGAGUCAGUUUGUGCUAUCACUGCAAGGACAGCAGAAAGUGAACCUCAGUGAAGACGAGUUUACCAAUGAUCCACUCAUGCAAAAGUGCUCAGUGUUAAACGAUAAGUUAAGGAAGCUGAUAUUGACUCUCAAUAAUGAUGUGGGUACCCCUAAUAAUGAGGAAAGGACCAACUCUAACGCACAACCAAAGACAAAAGUAUUUCAGUCACGUGAUUGUCUCAUGGCUAGAGCCAACAGUUUAAAGAAAGCAGUUCAAAAUGUCAUAGAUAUGACAGAGAAAGUUGUUGAUACACAGCAAGAGGUCAUUACUGACUUGACUCCUCCUCAAAUAAUCUGUCAACCUUCUCCUAGUGCAAGAGCUAGCGAAGAAACAGAACAUUUCUUUUCGGAUAUGAAAGAGCUCUAUUGUAUGAAUAAUUAUUUUGGGAUUGGAUUUGAUGCAAAGAUAGCUUACGAGUUUCACACUAGACGUGAAGAAAAUCCUGGACAAUUCAAGAAUCGCACUAAAAAUAAGAUAUUGUAUGGAUAUUUAGGAGGUAGAGAAUUCUUUACUAACACACAAAAGAACUUGGAGAGGAAAUUGAAACUUGAGUGCGAUGGGAAAGAAAUUCAAUUGCCUCAAAGACUUCAAGGGCUCGUGUUUCUUAACAUACCGAGUUAUAUGUCUGGUACUAACUUCUGGGGUACCGAGAGAGAGAAGGAAGGUUUCUCUGCUCCGUCAAUCGACGAUAAGUUACUUGAGGUUGCCGGAGUGACUGGUUUUAUGCACGUGGCAACAGCGAAAGUCCUUGGUAUUCAAAACCAGCGGUUGGCUCAGUGUCGGACGGCAAAAGUGACGCUACAUACACAAGUAAUGGUCCAGGUGGAUGGGGAGGCGUGGUCUCAGGACCCUGGUGUCAUAUUAAUCAGCCACAAAAAUAGAGCAAAGAUGAUCGUGAAAGAUAAAGCGUUUGUUCAAAGUUUAGAGUCUUGGUCUCAAAGGCAGCCGGUUGGAGGAGGAGGAGGAGGCCCAGAACUUCCAUUGACUUCUCCAUCAGUCAUUAAUCUUCAGGAAGCACUCACGACUGAUGAGAUCAAGAAAUAUCAGGAAAUAAAUGCAACAGUCCGCCCACUCAUUGACUGUCUUCAGGCAGAGUCAGAGCAUAAUGCUGACUUUCAUUUUGAUAUUGCUUCACAUAUUGCAGCUGCUACUGUGUGUCUUGAUAGAGUCUUCCCUUCACUUGAUGUUGUGUCUGAUACUGCUGAUUUAGAGCAUUUGCAAGAUGUUGAGAGAACAGUGAAGUCCCUCCUUCAGGAGACACUGUGGUUCCUCAACAUGGAGAAGAUAUCGAUAGAGAAAGAAGAAGAGAUCAGACAACUAGUCAAAGUAGUUGAAGUCCAAGUAAAGCGAGUCAUGAUACCUCACCCACUGUUACAGAGAACCUCUAGGAGAGCUUCGGACUCGGUCCUAGUACACAGAACUGUCCAUCAUGAUCCUCAUGCCCGGUCACCGGUACUAACAUCACAUAGGGAGAGAUCCGGUCAUCUUGUCAAUGCUGAAAUGAUAUCUGCUAGCAAUAGAGUUAUUGAGAAUAUAGGAAAAGAUGUCCCAGACUGGACUAUUGAUGAUGUUUGUCACUGGUUGGAUGGCAUUGGUUUCAGUGAGUGCAUUACUGCUACAUGCUCCAUUGGAUGUGAUGGAAAACAACUCCUGUCUAUGAAAACUGAAGACAUGCAUGCUCUUGGUAUUGAUAAAAUUAGUGUUCAAACUAAAAUGCGUCAGGCACUUCAAACUCUAAGAUCUCCCAAGAAUUCUCUAAGCGAGAGACGACUAACGAAAUAACUGUACAUAUUGACAGCUGCUAUACUGUCCUUGUGUCUGAGGGUGUGUGUGUGUGUGAUUGUGUACUGCUACUUCUUUUAAUAAUCUUAAACAUCA